GAAGCCGGAACGACGGGGGUCACGGCGGGGGUCAGAGGGUAAAGGUCUUGCUCCCAGCAGCCUCCGCGGUGGAUACGUCGCCAUCUUGGAUCCGCGGGACAAGAAAAUUCAUGCGAGGGAGAACUGGUGGGCGGUCCUUCCUGUGACACGACCCUUGAGUGACAGUUCUAUUUGAUUGCCUCCAGUACUGUGAGGAAAGGACACGACUCUAUGGUGAGGACUGAUGGACAUACAUUAUCUGAGAAAAGAAACUACCAGGUGACAAACAGCAUGUUUGGUGCUUCAAGAAAGAAGUUUGUAGAGGGGGUCGACAGUGACUACCAUGAUGAAAACAUGUACUACAGCCAGUCUUCUAUGUUUCCACAUCGGUCAGAAAAAGAUAUGCUGGCAUCACCAUCUACGUCAGGUCAGCUGUCUCAGUUUGGGGCAAGUUUAUACGGGCAACAAAGUGCACUAGGCCUUCCAAUGAGGGGGAUGAGCAACAAUACCCCUCAGUUAAAUCGCAGCUUAUCACAAGGCACUCAGUUACCGAGCCACGUCACGCCAACAACAGGGGUACCAACAAUGUCACUUCACACGCCUCCAUCUCCAAGCAGGGGUAUUUUGCCUAUGAAUCCUAGGAAUAUGAUGAACCACUCCCAGGUUGGUCAGGGCAUUGGAAUUCCUAGCAGGACAAAUAGCAUGAGCAGUUCAGGGUUAGGUAGCCCCAACAGAAGCUCGCCAAGCAUAAUAUGUAUGCCAAAGCAGCAGCCUUCUCGACAGCCUUUUACUGUGAACAGUAUGUCUGGAUUUGGAAUGAACAGGAAUCAGGCAUUUGGAAUGAAUAACUCCUUAUCAAGUAACAUUUUUAAUGGAACAGAUGGAAGCGAAAAUGUGACAGGAUUGGACCUUUCAGAUUUUCCAGCGUUAGCAGACCGAAACAGAAGAGAAGGAAGUGGUAACCCAACUCCAUUAAUAAACCCCUUGGCUGGAAGAGCUCCUUAUGUGGGAAUGGUAACAAAACCAGCAAAUGAGCAAUCCCAGGACUUCUCAAUACACAAUGAAGAUUUUCCAGCAUUACCUGGUUCCAGCUAUAAAGAUCCAACGUCAAGUAAUGAUGACAGUAAAUCUAAUUUGAAUACAUCUGGCAAGACAACUUCAAGUACAGAUGGACCCAAAUUCCCUGGAGAUAAAAGUUCAACAACGCAAAAUAAUAACCAGCAGAAAAAAGGGAUCCAGGUGUUACCUGAUGGUCGGGUUACUAACAUUCCUCAAGGGAUGGUGACGGACCAAUUUGGAAUGAUUGGCCUGUUAACAUUUAUCAGGGCAGCAGAGACAGACCCAGGAAUGGUACAUCUUGCAUUAGGAAGUGACUUAACAACAUUAGGCCUCAAUCUGAACUCUCCUGAAAAUCUUUACCCCAAAUUUGCAUCACCCUGGGCAUCUUCACCUUGUCGACCUCAAGACAUAGACUUCCAUGUUCCAUCUGAGUACUUAACGAACAUUCACAUUAGGGAUAAGCUGGCUGCAAUAAAACUUGGCCGAUACGGAGAAGACCUUCUCUUCUAUCUCUAUUACAUGAAUGGAGGAGACGUAUUACAACUUUUAGCUGCAGUAGAGCUUUUUAACCGUGAUUGGAGAUACCACAAAGAAGAACGAGUAUGGAUUACCAGGGCACCAGGCAUGGAGCCAACAAUGAAAACCAAUACAUAUGAGAGGGGAACAUAUUACUUCUUUGACUGUCUUAACUGGAGGAAAGUAGCUAAGGAGUUUCAUCUGGAAUACGACAAAUUAGAAGAGCGGCCUCACCUGCCAUCCACCUUCAACUACAACCCUGCUCAGCAAGCCUUCUAAACAAAGACUUCCCUUUUCUUGGGGUAUGGCUGUCUCAGCACAAUACUCGACAUAACUGCAGAACUGAUGUGGCUCAGGCACCCUGGUUUUAAUUCCUUGAGGAUCUGGCAAUUGGCUUAUGCAAAGGGUCACCAUUUGAGGUCCUGCCUUACUAAUUAUGUGCUGCCCAACAACUAAAUUUAUACUUUGUUUUUCUCUAGUUCGAGCAGGGUCUGAAUUUUUUUCAUUUAUUUUCUUUUUUGCCAGCAGACAGACUUGGGUCUGUAAAGACAAGCAAGUACACUGACAGAAGUUUACCAUUUAGUUUCUAAAAUGUAAAAAAAAAAACCCACAAAAGACUCCACAAAAUUAGACCACAAAAUUUGCAUUGUUCAUUGUAGCACUAUCGGUAAUAAAAUAACAAAUGUUUGUGCAUUUUUAUGUGAAGAUCCUUCUCGUAUUUCAUUUGGAAAGAUGAGCAAGGUCUGCUUCCUUCAUUUUACUUCCCCUUCUGUUUUUGAAAGGCAGUUUCGCCAAGCUUAACGCAAGAAUAUCUGACUGUUUAGAAGAAAGAUAUUGCCACAAUCUCUGGAUGGUUUCCAGGGUUGUGUUAUUACUGAGCUUCAUCUUUCCAGAAUGAGCAAAACACUGUCCAGUCUUUGUUACGAUUUUGUAAUAAAUGUGUACAUUUUUUUUAAAUUUUUGGACAUCACAUGAAUAAAGGUAUGUAUGUACGAAUGUGUAUAUAUUAUAUAUAUGACAUCUAUUUUGGAAAAUGUUUGCCCUGCUGUACCUCAUUUUUAGGAGGUGUGCAUGGAUGCAAUAUAUGAAAAUGGGACAUUCUGGAACUGCUGGUCAGGGGACUUUGUCGCCCUGUGCACUAAAGGGCCAGAUUUUCAGCAGCCAAGGACAUCCAUACCCAAGUGAAUGUGAUGGGACUUAACGAAGUGAACUGAGACAAUUCACUCUGGCUGUUUGAACAGCAGCGUUUCAUAGGAAGAGAAAAAAAGAUCAAUCUUGUAUUUUCUGACCACAUAAAGGCUUCUUCUCUUUGUAAUAAAGUAGAAAAGCUCUCCUCA